CUGCGCCCGGGCCGCCUCCUCGGCCUAUAACUGAGCCCACGGGCUCCUGGCUCCCACACGCCCCCCACCGGACCAGUGAAGCCGCUUCGCCCCUUGCUUUGGACCUCGGGCCUCACUCCUCCUCCAGAUGGACCCCAAGUGCUCCUGCCCCACUGGCGGCUCCUGCAGCUGCGCUGGCUCCUGCACCUGCAAAGCCUGCAGAUGCACCUCCUGCAAGAAGAGCUGCUGCUCCUGCUGCCCCGUGGGCUGCGCCAAGUGUGCCCAGGGCUGCGUCUGCAAAGGGGCCUCGGACAAGUGCAGCUGCUGUGCCUGAUGUCGCGGAGAGCCUGCCCCGGGUGUCAACAGAGCAACCAGGACGAACCUGCAUUUUACCGUUUUUCAUACAACCGGACCUGACGCUACAUUCCUUUUUCUAUGAAAUAUGUGAGCUGUAAUAAAAGUUGUUGACUUCAUUCUG